AUGAAUGCCGUAUUGGGUGUAUGCUUAUUCACGAUAUUAUUAGUGUACGUAACAUGCGCUGCACCCCGAACCGGACCAACAAACGUGUUGUUUAUUGCGAUUGAUGAUCUGAGACCGGAUUUAGGAUGCUACAAGGGUAAAGACUUCCCGUCAAGCGAUGAUCCUCGGAUACACUCUCCAAAUAUAGACGCUCUGGCGCGGAAAAGCCUGCUUCUGAAAAAGGCGUACGUACAGCAGGCUGUAUGUAGCCCGAGCCGUACGUCCUUCCUGACGUCACGGCGACCGGAUACGACCCACGUGUACGACCUUCAAACGUACUGGCGAAAAGUGAGCGGGAACUUCACUACGUUACCGCAGUACUUCAAAAACCACGGCAGGAUAACCGCCGGUAUUGGUAAAAUAUUCCACUCGGGAUUCAAGGAUGAUCCGAUUUCGUGGACGGAGCCGUACAAUCGGCCGGAUCAUUCUAGCUACGAAAAUGGUAAAACAAGUUGGAUGUUCUUGAACGAUUCCCAGCUUGCGAACGACCCGCUUGUAGACGAUAAAAUUGCAAAGGCUGCCGUGAUCGCUCUGCAAGACUUUGCAACGGGUGGCAAAUACGCGAACCGUCCAUUCUUUCUCGGGGUAGGUUUUAUGAGGCCACAUUUGCCGUUUGUGUCGCCGGAAGCGUUUUCGCAUUACUACCCGGCUAAUUCACUUCACCUUCCAAGCAAUCCUUACGCACCAAUCAACAUGCCGGAUGCCGCAUGGUCGAAAAGUGGAGAGUUGAUCAGUUACACGGACAUUUCAGCUCUGCACUUUCAAGGGCAAGUCAACGAGACGCUUCCGGAUAAUAAAGUGCGCGAAUUGAGAAGAGCGUACUUUUCAGCUGUAUCGUGGGUCGAUUCGUUAGUUGGCGUCGUUUUAAAUGAACUGGACCGAUUAGGGCUUUCGAAUAACACUGUCGUUUCUCUGCUCGGCGAUCACGGAUACCAGCUUGGAGAACACGGCAUGUGGAAUAAGCAUACGAAUUUCGAACUAGCCACGCAUGCGCCGAUGAUGAUUCGGAUCCCUGGCCUCACAGACAACGGAAUCAUUACAGAACGCGUGGUGGAAUUCGUGGACCUGUUCCCGACGCUGGUGGACGCUGUUGGUUUACCGUCGAUUCCCGUCUGCCCCGAAAAUUCCCUGAACGUCAUCACGUGUACGGAAGGCGAGAGCCUAAUGCCGCUGGUCCAUAACGCAACAGCGGCGUGGAAACACUCGGCGUUCUCGCAGUACCCGCGCCACAAGCACGGCGUCGACAUCAUGGGUUACUCACUGCGCACGGACAAAUACAGAUUUACGGAGUGGGUGGAAUUCUCGUACCAGACCCACAAGCCGGACUGGACCAGAAAUCACGGCACGGAACUGUACGACCACACUACUGACCCAGACGAGAAUCACAAUGUGGCGUCCGACCUCGCGUUUGCAGAUCUCGCGAGAAGCUUGUCCAACCGUCUGCACGCCGGCUGGCGUCACGUUAGUCCGUCCAUCAACAACCCUUCGCCGCCUAUAGUUGGAUGA